AUGAGCAAUAUAGCAGAUAGAACACGAUCACGCACAAUCAAUCCAAGUUUAUUGUCAAUCAAUAACAUGAAUACAAAUCCUAUUGAAUACAGUAAUGAUAAUGUUAAUGAUCCACAACAUCAGUAUUAUUCAGACCGGGGUGAUACGGAGCAGAAUGUUGACCCAACCUAUCAUCCAGGUGAUUUGGUAUUUAUUAAACAGUUGGGUAAACGUCUGAAAUUUGGCGAAUUAUAUUUAGGGCCAUACAAAGUUAUACAAAAAGAACAUCCUCUUACAUAG